AUGCAAAAAGAUCUAAUAUCAUUUGAUAAGUCCACCGAUCGAUUUUCUACAAACUUCAACUAUCUAAGCUCCUCUCAAAUGAACCACUUAAGCAGCAAUCCUCAUGAGGACACCUUCUUGGUUGAAUCUGACUCCAAGUAUCAGGACUCUCAACUUCAAAUUCUGUGCGAAUCUCAUAAAAGUCAAGCAGUAUUCUUCUCUAAUCAGUAGCAGAAAUACAAAUGCUUCAAAUGUCUGCUCUAGGAAUAGGAUCUUAUAUACAUCGAUAAGAAGUUCAAGAAGGAGAUGGAGGAGUAUGAAAGAAUAAAGAGGAUGGCAGCAGAUGCAAUCACCUCAAACAACACCAAGAUGAACGGAAUGAAGAGCUGGAAAAAUGAGAUCAGGAAAAUCCUAAUGGAUGUUAGAUCACAGUUUCAGAGGUGGGUUGAUGUAUUUACCAAUCAGUUCAUUCUCAGUCUAAAGGACAUUGAAAACUCUAAGGACUUGAAGGAGUUCAUUGGAGAAGAUAGAAGGUUGAAUCAGUAGUUGGAAGCCUUGAGGGACAAGUAUGUUUAGAUAAUGAAGAUAUUCACGCUAAUCUCAAAUGCAACAGCAGAUCAAAAGGUUGUUGUAAUAGAGUAAAAUAGAAAUCAGAUGAACGCUUUAGAAGCAGAAAUCAGAAAACAAGAUGCAUAUAUCGUGAAAUAGUCAAUGAAGAUGCGAGAUGCUUAGAAUAAAACAGUUAGCUUAGAAGGUCUGUCCAAUAAAAUAGGACUUAAGUAUGUACAGCACUUUGAGAAAAAAUUGAACAAGUUAAAAUAAGGUAGUAGUAAUAAAUAGGCUAAUGAGAGCAUAGCUACAAUCAAUCAUUCUUAAUUAGGACCUUCAACUAACAAAUACUCAUCUCAAGUAUCCAACUUAGGUUCCAAGUCACAAUUGCAUACUUCUACAAUUUCAUAGUCAACUGCCUAGAAAUCAACCAUAAAGAAUUCAAUGCCUUAAAUUGAGUCAAGCAGUAGAUCCUAAACUGUAACAAACUAACAGUAGUUCUAAUAGUAAUCUUAGAACUCUAGCAGAGGUUAGGAUCAAAGGUAGACCACCGCUCUUAGUAAGCAGUAGUAGCAACAAUAGCAACUGAAUGUGGAGUAAUACAUGGCUAGAUAGAAUCCUACGAAUCUCAAAGACACCAUUGAUCUAGAUAUUAGUGAGAUCAGACAGUAUAAUGGCUAAGGAGGUCAGGGAUUUGUUGAUCCCUCGCUCUCUAUGAUACCUGAGAUCAUGGAGAAUACCACAUCAACCAGAAACAACCAAUAGGAAUAAAACAGUAAUAAUAAUUUAAAGUCAAGCAGAGUGAAACAAGAGCAGUAAAAGCAACAGGAUUUUGAAGAAGAGAAGAAACCAAAGGAUAGAGUUAAAGCAGAUACCAAAUCAAACAAAGACUCAAUUGCCUCAAGCAGUAAUAAAUAAGAAAAAUAAGAUAUUAACCAGUCAACUGUUAAUCUAAUUGAUCAGUCUAGUGUAUCAUACAGAUACAGACACAAGAAUUAAAACAGUAUCUAUUAUCUGAAGCCAAGAACUAAUGAAAUAUAUCUCCUGGACUUCAAGAUUCAGGGCUUUGUGAAAGAGCAGGUUCAUGGACAGACUCUCAUUCCAACUGGCUCAAGUUCUAUUCAAAACUAAAGUGGCAAUAUCUACAUGAUAGGAGGCUAAUCACAAGAUGGGUAAGUAUCUAAGAGUUGCUGGGAGAUAGACACAAACAUGAAUAUGUCUGAAAAAGCUCCUAUGAAGCAGGGUAGGUUUAGUAUUGCAAUUGCUUUGAUGUUUGAUAAAUUUAUCUUUGCAAUUGGAGGUGCCACUGGUAAAGGAUCUAAAGCCCAAGCAAGUGAUUAAGUUGAGAUGUAUGACACUUCAAUUAAUGUUUGGUAUCCUGUGGGUAGCUUGAAUAAGGCCAGAUCAUGCACUUCUGCUUGCAUAUUGAGCCACAGAUACGUCUAUGUCUUCCCUGGUCUUCAAACCACUUCUUGGAACACUAUUGAAUUCAUUGACAUUGGGCAUUCUAUUGAUCCAAAGGAAAUCAAGAAAGCGAAAUGGAACCUUGUAACAAUUUCAAAUUCUGACUUCAACAACACUUUUUCUUAUGGUUCAAUCCCCUUGAACUCUACUGAGAUCUUGAUAUUUGGUGGUUCUAAGAUGAAUAGCUUUAUUCUAGACUCAGCUAUUAUUCUAAAAUUGCUGUCUUAAAAGAAGGAUCUGAAGAAGGUUACAGCAGAGUCUGAAGCAAUUUUGAAAUCAAUGCCGAACUCCAAGCUUUGUGUGGAUGCUUGGUUCUCUUACGAUUGUGAUUACAUAGCCAGGAUCUAUGGAAACUAUUUGUAUGCUGUUGACCAACAUGCUGGCAAUUUGCAUGUUUAUUCUAUGAAAGAUAAGAUUUGGAAUUACUCAUCACUCAAAGAACUAGGAGUGCUCAACUGA